UAUACGGUGGGUUUGAACUUUGAAGGCCAAAUCAUGCACAGUGCCUUGCAGUUACAGGUUCUGCAACUCACUUCUUCCUUCGAUUUUCACUUUGCAUUUCGCUAUUUUGCUCAACCCAUUACCUUAUAGUUUUCCCAAUUGCUUCAAAUUUAUGCAAAUUUACCCCAAAUCUCUUUCCCACUUUAGGGUUUUUGGGAAUCUCAAUGGACACCAGUGCUGCACGUGAUUGAGUAGAAUUACCCUCCUGCUCCAACUUGCAUUGCUGUUUCAAAUCUUCAAUUUCCCUUUAUUAUUUAUUAUUUUCAUUUUCAUGUUAUGGGUGGUGUUGAAAUCCCCAAUUGGCUGAAAGGGUUGCCACUGGCGCCAGUAUUUCGCCCUACAGACACUGAAUUUGCUGACCCAAUUGCUUAUAUUUCAAAGAUUGAGAAGGAAGCUGCCAACUUUGGGAUUUGUAAGAUAAUUCCACCGUUGCCCAAACCUUCAAAAAGAUAUGUAUUUUCUAAUUUGAAUAGGUCACUCUUGAAGUGCCCUGAUUUGGGUCCUGAUAGCAGUUCAUUAGGUGUUUGUAAUUCUUCAAAAACCAGUUCUGGGGAUAGUAGUAGUUUUGGGGUGUCGCGAGCCGUGUUUACCACAAGGCACCAAGAACUAGGGCAGAGUCAGAGUGUGAAAAAAUCCAAAGGGGCAGUUCAGAAUCCACUGUCAGGUGUUCAUAAGCAAGUAUGGCAAAGUGGGGAAGCUUAUACUCUGGAACAGUUUGAGUCUAAAUCGAAGUCUUUUGCGAGAAGUGUGCUCGGUCCGGUGAAGGAUGUUUCUCCAUUGGUUAUAGAGUCUCUGUUUUGGAAGGCAUCUUUAGAUAAGCCUAUAUAUGUGGAGUAUGCCAAUGACGUGCCCGGUUCAGCUUUUGAAGAGUCCAAGGGUCAAUUUAAGUAUAGUCAUAGAAGGCGAAGAAAAAGGACUUAUUAUAAGAGUAGGCUAGAUAGCUCUGAUUGUAAACAAACUGAAAUGGGUUGUGUUAGAGAUACACAAACUGAUGAGACUAUGGAUGCUUCUGCCCCAAGUCAUGCAGAACCGUGUUUGCAGAUGACCAAAUCAGCUACAACUGUGUCAACAUUUUCAUCAAACGAAGAUUCACAUUCGCAACCUUCUAAGGAAAAGGGUUCAGAUGCCAGCAAUGAUAUGCAAGGCACUGCUGGUUGGAAGCUUUCAAACAGUCCUUGGAACUUGCAAGUUAUUGCACGCUCAUCUGGCUCACUCACACGAUUUAUGCCGGAUGAUAUUCCUGGUGUCACUUCACCUAUGGUAUACAUUGGUAUGCUGUUCAGUUGGUUUGCUUGGCAUGUAGAGGAUCAUGAGCUUCACAGCAUGAAUUUUCUUCAUACUGGCUCAUCAAAGACUUGGUAUGCUGUUCCAGGAGAUUAUGCCUUUGCCUUUGAGGAAGUCAUCCGGACCAAGGGUUAUGGUGGUAAUGUUGAUCACUUAGCUGCUUUGAAACUUUUGGGUGAGAAAACAACCCUUUUAUCACCUGAGGUAAUUGUUGCAUCUGGGAUUCCUUGUUGCAGGUUAACACAGAACCCUGGUGAAUUUGUUGUGACUUUUCCAAGAGCUUAUCAUGUAGGAUUCAGCCAUGGUUUUAACUGUGGGGAAGCUGCUAACUUUGGAACUCCCCAAUGGCUUAGAGUAGCUAAGGAAGCUGCAGUGCGCCGAGCUGCAAUGAACUAUCUUCCCAUGCUUUCCCAUCAGCAACUGCUUUACUUACUGACCAUGUCUUUUAUUUCAAGAGUGCCAAGAACACUAUUACCUGGUGUGCGUAGUUCUCGUCUGAGAGACCGUCAGAAAGAAGAGAGGGAGAUUUUAGUUAAACAGGCUUUUAUAGAAGACAUGCUACUGGAAAACAAGCUACUAUCCAUUCUUCUUGGAAAGGAAGCAACUAAAAAAGCUGUUUUAUGGAAUGCUGAUUUACUGCCAGAUUCCAGCAAAGAUUUUCAGUUGCCGGAUUUAACUUCUACUACUGGAACAUCUGUGUCAGACAUGUCAAAUAUUAGUUCUGCAGAAAAGAGUAGUCAUUAUCUUCUUGAUGAGAUGAGUUUGUAUAUGGAUAAUUUAACCUAUUUAGAUCUUGGUGAUGAUGAUCUUCCAUGUCACUUCCAAACUGAUUCAGGAGCACUUGCUUGUGUGGGUUGUGGAAUCCUUGGUUUUCCAUUUAUGACUGUGAUACAACCAACUGAGAAAUUGACAAUGGAACUUCUUCCAGAUAAUCAUCUAGUUCAUGUUUCCUCUCCAGACUCUACAGCUUGCAUUCGUAGUUCCAUCUCAAGGGAUCUUUCUAUUUCUGAACUUUCAUCAGUAAAGGUGUUGCCAGAUCAAUCUUUAAACAUGUGCAGUAAAUAUUGGAACACCUCCAGUAAAUUUUUGAGGCCUAGGAUUUUCUGCCUGGAGCAUGCUGUUCAACUAGUAGAGAUGUUGGAGAGCAAAGGUGGAGCCAAUGUGCUUAUAAUUUGCCAUUCAGACUUUCAGAAGAUAAAGGCACAUGCCAGUGCAGUCGCGGAUGAGAUACAUAGUGCUUUUGAUUAUAAUGAGGUUCCAUUAGAAACAGCAUCCUCAGAAUAUUUGACUCUGAUAGAUCGGGCAAUUGAUGGUGAAGAACUUGAUGAAUGCGAAGAUUGGACAUCUAAACUAGGCAUUAACCUACAGUCUUGUGUCCAUGCAAGAAAUAACCCUCUAUCUAAACAAGUUCCUUGGACACUAGGGACGCUGUUCUACGGUAAACCUCCUGCUUCAAAAAUUUUAGCUUUAAAUUGGCAGUCGCAAAGAUCUCGGUCUAAAAAGUCAAGUCGUUUAGCUCAGACUAAACCCUGUGACAGCAUUCAGAGAAAGAAUGGUGAUCGGUUGGAUGGAAGAAUAGAUGACUCCACUUCUGAAAAGAAGUUAAUUCAAUAUUCAAGGAGGAAGUUCAAGUCAAAGCAAAGGUGUUUCCCUGUAGUAAGCAUGGCCUGUGAUUUCCAAGAGAAGUCCAAAAUUGUGUCGGCUAUCUCAAGUGGGGAUCAUUAUAAUUGUGUUUCUAAAAAUGGGCUUGAAGCUGAGAAUUUCAGGAGUGAUUGUACAUUGUCAUGUGUCUCUACUUCUACUGAAAUGUUUCCAAUGCAUCCUGAAAUCCAGAUUGCUGAAAUGCCCACCAGUAUGAGAUUGAAUGCUGCUAAGUCACAAUCUUCGAAUUCCAUUCAUGAUCAUAUUUUGAUGAUCGAAAAAGUUGGAGCAGAGACUGAGAAUCAAACUCUGCAGGAAUCAGACCAAGACAGAAGAAAUGAUUUAACAGUCAGUCAUUCUAAGAUGCAUUGCAAUACCAGUGUCUCAGAAAUACGUCGCAAGGAGAGCCAAGAUUGUCAGGACAAGAAAUAUUCUAGUUCACUUACAAAUGCAACAGAUAGAAAUAUUGAAAUGAUUAGAAAGACUGAAAAUACAGAAGCAGUUAUCACUCGUAGCGAGUGUAAUAGCUUAAGUCUGUAUGAUGAAGUGCAUCAAGAAUAUCAGUCUACUUGCAAAAGCAACAAUGACGAAGCUGCUUUAUCACCUGCUUCAUUGGUAAAUCAUUCUACUCUUGCCUCUAGGGAUGGAAGUUUUGAAAGUCCAAAUAAUUAUACUGCAGAAAGAAUUAGCAAUCCUAUUUUCUUAGAAACAAGAACUGAGGAAGGAAUUGAUUCUUUAAGUGAAAGGGACAAGGAACCUCUAAUUGAUGACCAACCAAUUAGCAAACCUACUCCAAAAGAUGUUUGUAAAGUUCAAAGAGAGCAUUAUGCUUCUGCAGACUUGCGUAAUAACAUAAUUUUGGAUACUGAGAUGCAACAAGAAACUCAGGGUGGGGAAGAUGCUGGAGGGUUGAAUGAGGAAGUGAUUCCAGAGUCCGUGGAGCAGUGUCAGAUGAAAAAUAAGAAUAAAAUUAAUGAGACACCUGUUUCUGGCUAUGUUGCCAAAGGUGAAAAUAAAAGCCUAACUACAUCAGAAUUAGGCUGUUCUGAAGUUUUGGUGGAAACCUGUCCUAAAGAAUACUCCUGUAUUCAAUUUAUUUCAGAUAAAGAAAAAGAAAUGAAAAUCCAGUCAAUUAAUAGAAUUGAUGAAGAACAUUGCUCUGGCACUGAUGCAUUGCUAAAGGACUCUUCUCUAUCAAUUGAGGAAUGUUCUGAAACUGAGAAAGAGACGUGUGUUAGAGAAAACGUGAAUGGAAUCAAAGCUGAUUUGUCACAAAAUAAUAGGGGGCAGGAAAGCUGUGAGUUGACUACAGCAGUUCCCAGAUCAAAUGCUCGGAAGAAAAGGAAGAGGGAAGUAGAACAUACAGCAAAAGGCCAAUCCAAUUGUGACAACUUUAUUAGAAGUCCAUGUGAAGGGCUGAGGCCAAGAGCUGGGAAGAAUGCUGGUGGCAAAAGUGGGGUGGAAAUCAACCAAAUUGACAAGGAAAAUCAGUUGGCUAAAAGAGCACGGAGAUCUUCUGAAGUUUUGGUUCCUCGCAAAAAUAAAAAAGAUGAUGUUAAAAGGCCCCACAAGUGUGACCUUGAUGGUUGCCGAAUGAGUUUCAAGACUAAGGCCGAGUUACUGUUGCAUAAACGAAACCUCUGCCCACAUGAAGGGUGCGGUAAGAAGUUCAGCUCCCACAAAUAUGCUUUACUUCACCAGCGUGUUCAUGAUGAUGAGAGGCCCCUUAAGUGCCCAUGGAAAGGUUGUUCCAUGACAUUCAAGUGGGCAUGGGCAAGGACAGAGCAUAUACGUGUACAUACCGGGGAGAAGCCUUAUCAAUGCAAGGUUGAGGGAUGCGGCCUUUCUUUCAGGUUUGUAUCAGAUUUUAGCAGGCACAGACGGAAAACGGGGCAUAAUGUGAAAGCUCCUGCUUGAGACAUAGUAUUCAUUUGUGAACAUUUUGUUCUUGCAACAUGUGCAUAUUUGCAGUUAGAUUCGUAAGAAGCGAGGCAUAGAGUUGUGUCUGACCAUAAGCAUUCUGGUUAGCUGUAAAGUUAGGAUAGAAUGGCUGUUUUUGUAGGUGCUCCAUAUCCAAUUCAUUUGAAGGCAGUUAGAGUUGGUAACUUCAGAGAGUUUUGAUAUUUUUCUAUCAUUAAAAUUCAUAUAUAGCAACAGCCUCUAAAGGAGGGAAAACUCUCCAUUAAGGGAAGCUGCAUCAUGUUGGUUGGUCAUGCCUCUGAGAACUUACUUUUUUUGAUUGCCUGUUCGGAUGUACUUAUGGUUCUUUUGUAGCAGUUGAUAGGUCCUUGAUCAUUCAGGAUAUACAGUGUUGUUCAUUAUGGAUGUAUAUUACUUUGGAUUAACUUCAUUUGUUAUUAAGGGGGACAAGAAAGCUGAGAGCAAGAAACAAGGUAUGUGCUCUCAAUUGUAUGUACUUUCUUCUUGGCUAGUAAAUUCAGUGGUUAAACAUUCACUUGAGACUGCAUAUUCUGCCCU